GACCUGUAAAUAAACUCUGAUUUAAAAAAAAGAAAAGCUUGUACCAUCCCUAUAUAAAGGUUGACAUAAGCAGGGCAACACAAACAGUGCGAGCAGACGUGCGUUUAGAUUGCGUGUAGCUACCGAUGCAAACCGUGACGCAAUAGAUUUAGAUUUGCUCAGAUAAUUGUUCACAUGUUUAUGUUGUAUAUUUCUUGUUAACAAAACACACAGCGGAAAUUAAUUUAUUAUGUGAAACAACAUUUAUUGAAUCAAGUUACAAUUUGAGAAACGGAACAGACGAUCUUAACUAUUUGUGCGAUUCAGGUUGAUUGCACCGUUUAAGAAACAAUUCAUCUACGGACUCUUUCAACGUUCAUUCCAGUGUAAAGAAUCGCGGAAAAGCUUUAUUCGAGAAAUUUAAUAAAACUUCUUUUGAAUUUUUCAAAAUGGUCGACAAACGAGAACGAAAAUAGGUUUUACUAUUAAAAUCUCGAAAAUAAAUAAAAUAAAAAUAAAUACGGACCAUACAACUCAAGUAUGCGCAUGAACGAGAAGCGGCGAGGUGAGGUGAAGUGCGUCAUCGUCGGCGACGGCGCGGUCGGCAAGACUAGCAUGCUGAUGAGCUACACCACGGGCGGCAUCAAGAUGGACUACAUCCCCACGUGCUUCGACUGUUACACAGUGGACGUGUCUGUUGGCGAAAUGCAACACACCAUGAGCAUCAUAGACACAGCCGGACAGGAGACUUACGAUCGAUUGAGGACCCUCUCGUACUACGACACCGAUGUUUUCGUCAUCUGCUUUUCGGUAGCAGACGAAGAUUCCUUCAACAACGUUAAAACAAAAUGGAUUCCGGAAAUACGUCAGUACCGACCGGGAACACCGUUUAUUCUCGUAGGCACGAAACGCGAUCGCAGAAACUCUACGUUAGAAUCGAGCAGAUUGUCAGCGCAGAUGACGUCUGUUUCAUACGAGAAUAUAAGUGUUAAAGAUACAAAAGACGUUAAUUUUGUGUCUGUGAAAAAGGCAAAACAUUUCAGUCGAAAGUGUGGAUCGCUCCGAUACAUGGAAUGCUCAGCUCUUGAGGGAACUGGUGUAACGGAAGUGUUCUCGGUUGCUAUGGAAGUAGCGGUGGCGCCUGUGCGUAAAAGGCCACAUAGCUUUAUUUCAAGUAUUAAAUCUAUUUUUAGAAAGAAAUCUCAGUCCAAAAGAAGGUUAUUUACUUCAAAGCCGGAUUGUUUUGAGAAUAAGAACAUAUAAUAUUCCGAUAAUAUCGGUAUGGUGCAAUAUUUUGUUACUUGCAUGCAUGAAAAGUGCCAAAUUAAAUGUUGUUUAUAAUGUCGCAUAUUUAUUGUGAUAUUUCACUAUGUAUAACAAUGAGGGCAAAAUAUAUUUUAAAUAAGAUAUACACAAAAUAUAUUUUGUUUCAUG